CCUAGACACACUCGCAUUUCUCAUUUCUUACUUCUAGUCUAAAUUAGAUAGCAAGGCGUAGUGUCGGAGCUCACAGAUCGCAUAGAAUUAGUUUGAAGUAUUAGCGGUAGUUAAACAGUAAAUCUGAAAUUCAACAUGGAGUCCCCUCCAGAUCCAGCGAGCGACCCGGGCAACAGCGCCUCGGAGCCGGCUACCCCGGUCAGGGAAACCCCGGUAAACCUGGAGACGCUCCGGAAAGCGGACCAUCCAGCCCCGGUUCGAAGGCAGACCUGCUCAAGCACCAACAGAGGUAUCUCAGUAACAAAGAAGACACACACCUCUCAAAUCGAAAUAAUUCCCUGCAAGAUCUGUGGAGACAAAUCAUCAGGCAUCCAUUACGGCGUGAUAACAUGUGAAGGCUGUAAGGGCUUCUUCAGGAGGAGUCAGCAGAGCAAUGCAGCCUACUCCUGCCCCCGUCAGAAGAACUGCCUGAUCGACCGCACCAGCCGCAACCGCUGCCAGCACUGCCGGCUGCAGAAGUGCCUGGCAGUGGGCAUGUCACGAGAUGCGGUGAAGUUUGGCCGUAUGUCGAAGAAGCAGCGAGACAGCCUGUACGCCGAGGUCCAGAAGCACCGGCUGCAGCAGCAACAGCGUGACCACCAACAACAGCCUGGAGAGGCGGAGCCACUCACACCUAGCUAUGGCCUCUCAGCCAAUGGCCUCACAGAGCUCCAUGACGACCUCAGCGGCUACAUGGAUGGUCACACCCCUGAUGGCAGCAAACCAGACUCUGCGGUCAGCAGCUUCUACCUGGACAUCCAGCCGUCUCCUGACCAGUCAGGCCUGGACAUCAACGGCAUCAAGCCGGAGCCCAUCUGCGACUUUGCCCCUGGCUCUGGCUUCUUCCCUUACUGCUCCUUCACCAACGGAGAAACCUCCCCCACCGUGUCCAUGGCUGAACUAGAGCACCUGGCCCAGAACAUUUCCAAGUCACACAUGGAGACAUGUCAGUACCUGAGGGAGGAGCUGCAGCAGAUGACCUGGCAGGCCUUCCUGCAGGAAGAGGUGGAGAGCUACCAGAACAAGCCCCGGGAAGUCAUGUGGCAGCUGUGUGCUAUCAAAAUAACAGAGGCCAUUCAGUAUGUGGUGGAGUUCGCCAAGCGCAUCGACGGCUUCAUGGAGCUGUGUCAGAACGAUCAGAUAGUGCUGCUGAAAGCAGGCUCUUUGGAAGUUGUGUUUGUCAGAAUGUGCCGUGCCUUUGACUCGCAAAACAACACAGUCUAUUUUGAUGGAAAAUAUGCCGGACCUGAUGUGUUCAAGUCAUUAGGCUGUGACGACUUGAUCAGCUCCGUCUUCGAGUUUGGGAAAAACUUGUGUUCUAUGCACCUGUCUGAGGAUGAGAUCGCCCUGUUCUCCGCCUUUGUGUUGAUGUCUGCUGACCGGUCCUGGCUCCAGGAGAAGGUGAAGGUGGAGAAACUCCAGCAGAAGAUCCAACUGGCCCUCCAGCACGUCCUGCAGAAGAACCACAGAGAGGAUGGUAUACUUACAAAGUUGAUAUGCAAAGUGUCGACACUGCGAGCGCUGUGCAGUAGGCAUACAGAGAAGCUUACAGCUUUCAAAGCAAUAUACCCAGACAUUGUGCGUGCCCAUUUCCCCCCCUUAUACAAGGAGCUGUUCGGAUCAGACUUUGAGCAGUCCAUGCCCGUUGACGGGUAGCAGCCCUGCCAGGUGCCAGUGUGCCCACCGUAGGGGAAUGUGGAGGAGGAAUCUGAGACACUUUAUUGGUGCCCUGCACAAACCAGAGUGGACAGAUGGCACGCUGUUCAACUUCUUCUUUUACAUUGGAGGGGAGGGCUUAGCGAGUUGAUUCUCAAGGUUUACUUUACUGAAUUUAGUUCUCUUUGGAAGACUUGUGGGACCCGACACCCCAUGGGACAUGAAGAGGAGAUAGGGACAAAUAAUUUCUGUCUGGUUGAAUUUGACCUUUUUAUGCGCAUUUUUAACAUCGAACUCCAGACUCAUUACGGUCAUUUAUUAAUUUUCACUUUUAUUUAUUGCAUCACUAUUAUUAUGAUUAAUCUGUGCAUCUGACUUGUUAUCACAUAAACAACGAAUGAGCCACUAUUGGCGGUAAAAGCUGAAGACAUCUUCAAUAGAGAUGAAGAUAAAUGAAGAAAAUAAUGAAGAUAAAUCAAUGUCAGUAUUAUUUUACAGAUUACACUCCCAAAAAUGUUUUAGUAAUUUCACAUUCAAUUCUUUAAAUAGUCCUAUCCCUAUCUCCUUCAUACACUAUAUCCUGAAAUAAACAGCUGACAAAUGCGCACACUUUGGUCAAGUUCUGCCAUUUUUCUCUUGUGUUCAGUCGUAUCUUUUGGACGCAGUGCUUGGAAUGAAAACUCACAGCAACUUUAAGGGAGGCUCCGUCGGCAUGGUGAUGCAAUCGGCACCUCUCUACGGACAAUCGUUUAAAAAAAAAAAAAAAAGAAACAUAGAAUUCUGGUAAUUCUAAUGAAACCGCAAUGAUUUUAGCUGUCAAAGACUCCAUCCACCAUUGUUGCAUAGUGAAAUCAUGUAAGGCCAUCUGCUAUUAAUCCUUCUCUGGACAGGUGCCCUGGAGAAGCACAGGGCACCAACACAAUGAAAAGGGUCCAUUCCACCUGUUUUAUAAUGUACUACAGGGUAUAUGGUCAUAAGUACUUACUAUACAGAAAAAAGUAAUGUUUAUAGAAUCUAUUUUAAAUAACAUGUAUGAUAUUAGUAGUUAGACCAUUCUUAAUUGUUGAAUUGAUAAGGCACUUUUAUUUACACCUUUCUUUAAUUUAAGACGUGUAUAUUUACCUAGUGAUGUGUUGCAUGUGCACAAGAAAUACAAGUUGAAUCAUGGUCACAGAGGCUAGUCCUGGGAGCAACAGAUGAUACUGGUCUGGAAGUGUUAGGGCUGUCUGUUAGGAUGGCUGGUGUGGCUGCUCGCUGGUGAACAAAGAGGCAUGUAUGAGAAGGCAGGUCAGAGGCACUGUCAUCACCUGUUACCUCAACAACUGCCUGCGUGACACCCGUCAAAAUGUAGCUCUAAUAACUUCUUUUAGUGAGUAUGCACACAUACAGUAACAGCCAGCAACCCGUGUAGUGAAGUUACAGUCUUGAGGCUUUCCUGUUCUGUGUUAUGAACAGACCUGGAUUGAACAGCAUUUGUUUGAACCUUUUUUGAAAUACAGGAGGUAUGGUGAAACACACUGACUUUCAUAUUAUUUUCAAAGUAUUUGGUGCUUAUUUUAUGGCGAAAAAGGUCAUUUAUUAUGUGAAGAAGCCACAAGAAAACAUAAAAAUAAAACAUUAUGUCAGCCGGGUCUAACAAAUCAAUAUUGAACAUCCCUCUGGUUGGACUGGAACAAUCGCACGUUGACUGUAAUCCAAUUGUUCCAUCUAGUGGAAGGUAAAGAUACAGCAAGCUAGUUAACAGCCUAAUGACAAAGAUACAGUGUCUAACCUAAAAGCACAUUUAUCGGCCGCUCUCAAAAUGUUUUGAGUUUUUUUUUUUUUUCGUUUUUUUUUUUGUCGAUGUUUUUCAGUGGCUUUAUCUGCCUUCUCACCACAGCCUCAGCCCGGCAACGCCACAACAGGACACAGAAGAAACAGUGAAGGGAAAGUGAAUAUUCAAAGCCUUGUCUGGUAGUAAAGCUUCUAUUUUUGUAACAUGUUUUGGUUAAUAAACUCAUGAAAGAGAAUGAGGGAGAGAGAAAGAUGUCAGGUAGCACUUAACUAUAUUCCUGCAAUAAUUAGACUAGCUGUUGUUUGUAUGAUUAGGGGAGAAACAUAAAAAUGGUAGGACAAGUGCUAUUUUCAGAAUGCUUUGUUGUUGUGCUUCUGUUUUGUUGAGUGUGUCUUUCUUGUCAGUGUGGUAGUAAAGUGGUAGAAAAAAACCCUGGAUGUGCCAAACAAUAGUCGUUGCUUCCGCUUUCCAGUCUACUCGUCUGUAAUGUAGAAUGGAUUCCUAAGACAUUCCAGCAAUCUCAGUAGCGGCUUCUAGAAAUAUCUUAAAAAAAAAAAAAAAAAAAACUUUAAAAAAAAGAAGAAAUAAAAAAGAAAAAAAUGAUAUCCCUUUAGAAAUCCAACAAAGCAUGUUAA